ACAUGCACGCAUCAUUUUCGAUUCUUGUUUAUUUUGUGAAAGCAAAACCCUUAGCCUCCUCCUCGCGUUUCCUCUUCGCACCCAAAAAAGAAAAAUCUAUCUUUCGCUCAAACGUGAUCCGAACGCAGUCAGUGGGUUAUAAUGCCGUAGGUCCUGCUCAAGGAUUGGAUCAUCAUUCAAUGAUAGGCGAUGAGGAGCCCGUUCGAGAUUCAACACAAACUAUGAGGCUGCACUUUAAUGGUGACGAUGGCGUUCUUAGAGAUAGGAUGCUCGUAGGAGAGGAGACAAGGCAGUUCAAGGACUUGUGCUUUGGUUACGAUGAUGAAGACGACGAUAUGGAGUGCUGCGUUGUUUGUCUACAUGAGUCCGAUAAGGACGCGGAGAUAAGUCAAGUAUCACAGCAUGCAGCCACUUCUUCCACCGGGCUUGUCUUGAAAGCUGGCUGUCGGAUCACUGCGGCUCCACCUGCCCUCCCUGUUGCAUGCCCAUCUCUUCGUUUUCACUGUAACGCAUUUCAUGAUUAGCCUCUGUUCUUCACUCAGGCCUUCUAUGCUUUUGUUUUUGGGUCUGUGAGAAUGGCUUGUAACAUGGGAGAACAAAUAAAACAAGGUUCUUUUUUUA